AUGGCCAAACACCCUAGCAACACCGGCCGGACUGGCGUGAUCUGGAUCACGCUUGAUGGCCAGAGUGGCGAGGGUUUGAGAUGCUGCGUGUAUUACUUUGCGGCGUCGAGAUCUGAAGCCUCGAGGACAAUCUGGCAGCGGAUACGCCUCUCAAGCCUUGAUACAGACUUUCUCACCAUGCCUUCUGACAAGUAA